AUGCCUAUUGAUUGCCACGCCAUAGUCAGCGCUGACGCCCAGGAUGACCUGGGGAUUGGAGACGGAGAGACGGUCGGCCAACACUCGGCUACCAAGAUGACCUGGCGGGUCGAAAUGCUGUUCGACUUGAUGACUGAAUUUGACUUGGUUGCUACCAACACCUUCUCUCGAGGACAGUGGGGACAGGCUACAUGCUAUUACGACAACCGAAAGGAGCCAGGCCAGAUCGACUUCAUGUUGUGCCACCGCGACUGGCUCACCUCAGCGACGUGCCAGGCCCGCUUCACGGAUGCCGAGCAGAGCGAUCAUCUCCCUUUGCUGCUACGCUGCCAUGCGUCAGAGGCCAUCCCGACGAUCACCGAACCCGAGAAGGCCCUCGAGGACGCUGACCUGAUGGAACGGCCGCCGCGCAAGCCCGUUGCUUGGCAAUUAGAGGGCGCCCAUUUAUUCAAUGAGACGGUAUGCUCGACUCUGCGGGCACCGUACUUUCCGACCGCGAUGGAUGGCUUCACCGAGGGCGACUUCGCGAACGCGCUGGGCAUCUUCACGGACGGCUCGGCGCGGGGGCGACGGCGCGGACAGCGCCAGGCUGCUAGCGCAGGCUGGGGCUUCGCCGUCUACCGCACCACUGCGCCGCACGACCAAGACGAGCCGAUGGUCGAGGCGUGCGGCCCUGUGGUCGCCAACCACCUGGACCCCCGCUUCCUGGGCGCCUGUGCCCUCACGGCGAACGCGGGCGAGCUCUCGGCGAUCGUGGAGGCGCUCUUGCGGUUGCUGGGUCAGCGCGGCUCCCUGGAGCCGACGGCCCAGGACGGCAGGCUCAUCCAGAUCGUCGCCGACUCGACGUGCGGCCAUGGCGGCAAUCUGGGCAACGAGAAGGCGGACUUCCGGGCGAAACGGGGUGCGGACAAGCGCUUCGGCACCGCCCACUGGAGACGGCCCUGCCCUGCCCAUGAUUGGGGGGCCGAAGAGUACCGACGACGAGUUAGUGAACAUAAGCUGGCCGAGACUAGAGCGCGCAAGCGGUGCUGCUGUCAGAUAGCCAGGGAGGAUGGCGGCGAAACCUUCGCGCAGCUCUUCAACCCGCAGCCGCGUCUGGCCGCGUGCUCCAGACAGGGCGCCCCGUCCAUCUCCGCGCUGGCGUCGGCGGUCUCCGCUGGUGCAGCCGUGGCCGGCCACGCCCCUCGGCGCGGGCGUUGGCGGCCCCCGCAGGGGGGCCCUGAGCUCCUCCACCUGAAGCGCCUGGAGCAGCUGCGCGCGCAGGAGACGGACUUGCGUGUGCGGCACCUGCUGGGGCCUACGGUGGCCAAGGCCAAGCGUGCCCUGAGGGGCCGCUGCAACACGGCUCACCUGGAGCGCUUGUGCGCGAGGGGGCGGGCCGACAGACCAUAUCGCUCUGGCAAGCCUGUCUACGAGCUGAAGUCGGAAGAGGGACGGAGCGCCAGCCCCGUGCAGGCCCGCUGCGAGCUGACCCGCGCCUCCUACGCCGACCUGUUCGCUGACCCGACCAGCGACCAGGCCCUGCCCGCCUGGGCGCAUUGCCAGUGGACAGCCGAGCACCAACAGGCGGAGGUCCCUCUCUCCCUCACUCUGCUCAAAACAGUCAUCGGUCAAUUGAAGAGUAGCAAAUCGUGCGCCGAGUCUGACAUGAUUGUGGCAGAGAUGAUCCAGGGGUUCCAGGACGAUGUGCUCGAACAGAUCCUCGCUGCGUUUCGCCUGAGACUCUGCAACCAUGCGAGCGAGUACUUCGACCAGGCCUGGGCGGAGCGCGUUGCCCAGUUGAUCCGAAAGAAACCCGAGGCCCAGAAGGUGGCCGAGUUCAGACCCAUCGCCCUGGUAUCGGUGCUGCUGAAAAUCCUGUCGAUGAUGGCCCUGGAGCGAUGCAGCGGCGCCCCGGGCCAGGGCGCGGGCGCGGCGGGCCCUGGCGCGGCAGCCAUGGAGCCAGCGGCGCCGCUCGCGGGCGCCGCCGGCGCGCCGUGGGACACGCUGCUGGCGGGCGCUGAUGUCGUGUGGGUGAACAGCCCGACCGCCGAUCAGCGCAAGAAGGCCGAGGCGCUGCUCGCCGACCCGCGCCUGCGGGCGGCCUGCCCUGGCUGCGCGCCGGCGCCGCGGGACUGGCCGCAGGCGUGCGAGGCGCUGUCGCUGCAGGCGCCCGUGCUCCCGUGGUAUUUGUCCUCGCUGCAGCAGCCGACGACGCAGUUCGGGAACUACUACUCGGCCGUCUUCUUCGCCGCCAGCGCGGCCCACGCGCUGGGCGUGCCGUUCGUGGUGUUAAGCAGCGGCGCCGAGCGCGACUUCUUCCGCCACUACUUCCCGUGGGUCUGGCGCCUCUUCGCCCGGCUCUCGCCGCUGCCAGGCGGCGCCCCCGUGUCUCCGGCCGCGGCUGAGGCGGCGGCCUCGGCGUGCGCGUGGUGCCGGACGCCGUUCCCGCACGAGUGCGCCGGCGCGGGCGCGAUGUGGCGGGAGCUCAGCGGGCGGUUCGCCGCCCUGCUCGGCACGGCGCUCAACCUCACCAGCGGCCCGGCAGGCCCCGCGCCCGUGCACUGGCCGGCGUGGGCCCGGGGCGCUGGCCCGCCCGCCACGCGCCGCGUGGCCGCGCACGUGCGGUGCGGCGACGCCUUGGGGCAGGGCGGCCUAGAGUGGGGCCUGCUGCCCUUUUCCGCGUACCGGCGGGUGGUUCGCAGGGGCGACCGCGUGGACCUGAUCAGCGCCUCGGCGCGGGGCUCGGACGCGCCCUUCGUGGGCGUGUGCAGGCGCGUGGUGCAGGAGCUCGCCCGCCUGCUCCACGAGCACCUGCUGGCGUCGCCCGUGUCCGUGUUCUGGGACGACGACCCGGGGGCCCGGGAUCCAGGCGCCGACCUGGCGCGGCUCGCGGCCGCGGAAGUGGUGGUAUGCGGCCCCACAGCACAUUCUGCCUCUGGGGCGCGCUGGCGGCCGCGGCCGCGGGCGCGCGCGCCCACGUUGUCGCGGGCCCACUGUUGGCGGGCGGGUCGCGCCCGCCGAUCGGCGGCGUGCGCUGGGUGGCCGCGCCGAGGCUGGCGAGAGGCACGAACUCCACGGCGCUGCUGCACUUCAUCCAGCGGAACUGAGUCCUGGGAGCCCGCGGGCAUCGCGGAGCCUUCCAGCCGCGCCGGCUACAAGAUGCUGGGCGUGCCAGCGCUCUUCGUCGCGAUGAAGUACAUCAAGAUCAAGUGA